UAUUGUGUUAUACUACGUAGACGUAUACAAGUCGGAGGGUAGUUUGGUCGUUGAUGCGGCGUGCUCGCUCAAAGUAUAUAGUCGCGGUGGUCGUGCCAUGGAAAGUGUUUUAGGUGUUGUCAUUUCCGGUCGUUUCUUUGCUAUUUUUUUCGUUUUUUUUUUUUUUUUUUUUCGUACAUACAUACAAAUACAGAAGGAAGAGCGCACGCGUGAGCUGCAUCUACCUUCGAUGUGGUGGAAGAGGAGAGGAUAUACAAUGGGAAGAUUGUCUCGAGAGUCGUCCGUCUGGCGUGCGUUCUUUUCGCCGAGCUGCACCCAGACUGACUGACCAUGGAGACUGUAGAUUAAAAGAAAACGCCGUCAGUCGCUCUUUUUUCCUGUUUCCCUGACCUGAUAUGGGUGUGC